AUGCGUGUCGUCGAACCAGAGCAACAUCACGAGCAUGGUAACAAAAAGCUGCAGGAUGGUGGAAAUACGGAUGCUGACAGAGAGCUGCAUAGUCAAAGGAGGUCAACGUAUCAAAUGGCACAAACUGACAUCAACAACAAAUGCGAGAACACCUACAACUGGAACUAUGCUAAAAUGGCUUGUGAAAUCACAGUAGGAAGUAGUCUUAAAGACAUAUCUUUUGUGAAUUCCGACAUAAUCGCUGCUUUGGAAAGUAAUUCGACCAAACUUUACCAAACGGAUACUUCCAGAAGAAUUAUGACAAUUGGGUGUGAAGAGGAAACUAAACAGCUCCAUGGAGCUGAUGAAAACUGCUUUCUGAUACAAUAUACGGGAAUCAGGAUUCUGAAAAUCAGCACGGGGCAGCUGAUAGAUGGCACACUCUUGGAGAGAACGAGGAGAUUCUGGCCAGUCACUGGAAAUCGGAAAGAAUGGCCACCAUCGUUGAGAACAAGUCGAGCUGAAGCAGAAUGCAUGAACUGCUUUCUGAUUCAAAAUGCGGGAAUCAGCAUUUUGAAAAUUAAAACGGGGCAGCUGGUCAGGUGGCAUACUGUUGGAGACAACGAAGAGAUUCUGGCCAGUCACAUGAACUCGGCAACGGAAAAAAUGUUCGACAAAUGGAAGCCAGCCAUUCUCCGGUCUAUCAAUGAGAGCAGUUUCAUGGCUGCAUCUGAAACUGGACCUGUGAAGUUAUGUGACUUUGGAAAGUCAAACAAACCGAUAUCGACAAUUCCCGUUCUCGACCGUAUCAACGCAGUGGAAGAUGUGGGACUAUCGAAUGUGUGUGUGAUUGCUGAUUCGAAAGUGUUGUUGAUGGAUUCCACUCUUGGUAAAAAGAAAAUGUCAAUCGAUAUGAAACCCAAUGAGAAAUGUGUGGGAGUACUCAGUGGGAAUGCGAAAGCUCCGUGCUUUAUGGUUUUGAAGGAUGAAAACAAGAAGGACAUUAUGAUAUGA